AUGCUCUCUUCUAUUAUUAUUGGAUUGUUUUUUAUUGUUAGUACGGUAAAUUCUGCCGACUGUUUCACAAAAGACAACAAUGGUUGUAUAAGUGGUAUGGGUAGUUGUUCUGGUGACACAACUGUUUCUGGUGUUAAAUGUGUUGCUGACAAUGCAUUUAAAGAUAAUCAAAAUAUUAACUCAAUUCAAUUUACUGGUUCUUCUCUUGUAUCCAUCGGCGCAAGUGCUUUUCAGUCUUCAACUAUCACCUCGAUUACUUCAGAAGCAGGUUUCUCAACUAUUGGAAACAGUGCGUUUCAAGAAUCGACCAUAAUGGCUUUUGAUUUUAAAGGAGUAACUUCGAUUGGAUCUUCAGCUUUCCUUAAUUGUGCUUUCAUGUAUACAACUACAAAUUCGGGUACAACCGAAACACUAAAAAGCAUUGGAGCCAAUGCUUUUAAAGCUACUGGAUUUGGAACAUUCCCAUUCCCAAAAGGUUCAAUGACAUCAAUUGGUGAUUUGGCUUUUCAGUCGUCGGCUGUUACUUCAGUGACCACCCCAAAGACAGUUAUAACACUUGGAACACAGAUAUUUGAUGGGUGCUACAGAUUGACAUCCGUUGACUUGAAUGGACUUACUCAUAUUGCAACAAAAAUGUUUAGUGCCUGUGUUGCUCUUAAAACAAUAACUGGAUUUAAUGGCGUUGUAACCAUAGACGCAAAUGCGUUGACUGGAAACACAAUUACUUCAAUACAUUUAUAUUCGUCUUUGGUGACUCUGAACGAUGAUUUGUCAUCGUUUACAAACAUCUUUUUCCAUGGAGAUACCAAACCAACAACAGUGACUACUUUAAAAACCAGUCUUAAAAUCUAUGUUAAAGAUACAUUUACGGGUAAUUUUGGAAAUGUAGCUGUAAUGAAAGCCCAAUGUGACUCUUCACAUUCUAUUAUUCUUGGAAAAAUACCAGAUGGAGCUGUGAACGGAAAUGACUGCACAACAUGUGCAACAGGGAAAUACAGUGGUGAUGGUGUCACUGAUGUUUGCGACCAAACUUCCGGUGGAGAUACCCCAGCUACAUGUUCUGUAACUAAUUGCCAAACUUGCACCACAAAUCCCACAACACUUUGUGACCAGUGUAGUGGUACUAAUAAACUAUCUGCAAACAAAACAAAGUGUACAACGUCUUGUGCAGCUGGAGAAUAUGAUAGUGGAAAUAACAUGUGCGCCGCUUGUGGUGUUGCCAAUUGCAAUUCAUGCACAUCAAGUGAACCCAACAAAUGCACUUCAUGUAAAGGUACCAACAAACUUUCAGUUGAUAAAACAAAGUGCAGGGCGACAUGUCCAAGUGGCCAAACUGCUUCUAAUAAUAAUAUGUGUAUAUCAUGUUCAGUGAGUUCAUGUUCGGUUUGUGACACUGAUUCUACUAAAUGUGACAAGUGUAGUGGUACAAAUGUCGUCCAAGUAGAUCAACUCGCUUGCCUUGCAAAGUGUCCAAAUGGAGAAUAUGCAAAAGGAGCAAAUAAACAGUGCACAAAAUGUUCAACAAAAAAUUGCGCGACUUGUGAUGCGAACGACGUUUGUUUGACAUGUCCGUCACCUUAUAUAUUCAAUGCAUCUACUAAGGAAUGUGAUGCACCCCAAAGUGACUGUGGGGAUGGGAAGUUUGGGAUGGCUCCAAACUGUGAAGAUUGUGGUGUUGAGAAUUGCAAGAUGUGUGUGGACAAAACAAGUUGUGAUACAUGUGUCAAUGGGUUUGAUAUUUACUUUGAGAACAAAUGCUUGCAAGAGUGCCCAAGUGGCUAUUUCAAGAGUCAAACGACAUGUGAGAAGUGUAAAGAAACUUAUGAAACACCAUGCACUGAUGAGGAGUGUAGAAUGUGUACUGUUGAUAAUAAUAAAGAUGCUGCAGUUCAUAUGAAAAUAGCGCUGACAAUGUUCAUGUUGUUAAUCAUCAUGAUUUAA